CUUUCUGGGCGAUUCAUCUCUGUGCCGCCCCUCUGGUUUCUUGAUUGGUGAUUCAGCGGCUCGCAGCUUGCUUCCAGUGAUCCAUGCUUCCCGGGGAGAAGUGAAGGUAGCUAGGAUCUACGCAACUCUGACAGUUCUUGACUGCUGGCUGCAGGCUGCCGGAGGCCGGGGGAGACCGGGAUCCGCCGAGGUGGCGACCGGCAUGGGGCUCGAUUUGGGAGCCCUCGCUCUCAAGUACACCGGGCUGGCGGUGUCGGACCACGACUCCAUCGUCGCCAUCAACAUCUUCAUCGCGCUGCUCUGCGGCUGCAUUGUCUUCGGCCACCUGCUCGAGGGGAACCGCUGGGUCAAUGAGUCCACCACCGCGCUUGUCCUGGGCCUCAUCACCGGUGGUGUCAUUCUGAUCUGCACCAAAGGGGUGAACUCGCGCAUCCUUAUCUUCAGCGAGGAUAUUUUCUUCAUCUACUUGCUCCCGCCCAUCAUUUUUAACGCCGGGUUUCAAGUAAAGAAAAAGCAAUUCUUCCGCAACUUUGCGACAAUUAUUUUAUUUGGUGCUGCUGGAACACUGAUAUCCUUUGUAAUAAUCACGUUCGGUGCUAUGGGAUUGUUCAGCAAACUUGAUGUUGGUCCACUCGAGCUUGGGGACUAUCUUGCAAUUGGGGCUAUCUUCUCAGCAACAGAUUCUGUUUGCACCUUACAGGUGCUUAACCAGGAUGAAGCACCCCUACUGUAUAGUCUAGUUUUUGGUGAAGGUGUUGUUAAUGAUGCUACAUCAGUUGUGCUCUUCAAUGCAAUUCAAAACAUUGAUAUUAAUCAUUUUGAUGUCUUCGUUCUACUACAAUUCAUCGGAAAAUUCCUCUACCUAUUCUUCACCAGCACCGUUCUUGGAGUAGCUGCUGGGUUGCUUAGUGCAUACAUUAUUAAGAAACUUUGUUUUGCAAGACACUCAACUGACAGAGAAGUUGCUAUCAUGAUACUCAUGGCAUACCUUUCGUAUAUGCUGUCAAUGCUGCUGGAUCUGAGUGGCAUUCUAACCGUGUUCUUCUGUGGAAUAGUAAUGUCACAUUACACUUGGCAUAAUGUCACAGAAAGCUCAAGGGUUACUACCAAGCAUACUUUUGCAACUUUAUCAUUCAUUGCUGAGAUUUUUCUUUUUCUCUAUGUCGGGAUGGAUGCAUUGGACAUUGAUAAAUGGAAAUUAGCUAGUAGCAGUCCUAAGAAACCAAUUGCUUUAAGCGCUGUUAUAUUGGGUUUGGUUAUGGUUGGAAGAGCAGCAUUCGUAUUCCCUUUAUCUUUUCUAUCGAACUUAAGUAAAAAAGAGUCACAUCCAAAGAUUUCCUUCAACCAACAGGUUAUCAUAUGGUGGGCAGGUCUCAUGAGAGGAGCAGUUUCAAUUGCACUUGCUUAUAACAAGUUUACAACAUCUGGUCAUACUGCUGUGCGAGUUAAUGCUGUCAUGAUCACCAGCACAAUCAUUGUUGUUCUGUUCAGCACAAUGGUUUUCGGCUUGCUGACUAAGCCUCUGAUUAAUCUCCUCAUCCCACCAAGACCUGGCACCGCAGCUGAUAUCUCAAGCCAGUCAUUCCUAGACCCACUUACGGCGAGCUUGUUGGGGUCGGACUUCGAUGUAGGCCAGCUCACCCCCCAAACAAACCUUCAGUAUCUUCUCACCAUGCCAACUCGCUCGGUUCAUCGUGUAUGGCGCAAGUUCGAUGAUAAGUUCAUGCGCCCAAUGUUUGGGGGAAGAGGCUUCGUCCCAUUUGUGCCUGGUUCACCCAUAGAGAGGAGCGUCCAUGGGCCUGGCUUGUUGGGCACUGUGACGGAGGCAGAAGACCGUAGUUAAGUCGAAACCCAGAAGGUGCAAGUGUAUUUCUUGUAAAUGCUCAGAUAUCACUCAGUUUUGCUCUUGGGAUUCUUUCGGUGUAUUAUCGCUAUUUGUUGGUGUAUAUUGUGCAGAUAAUUUCUACAGGACCAUGUACGCUGUGUAGAGUUUUGGGAGCCAUUCAAGAUGUACAAUUAAUCUGUAAAUUAAUUUCGUUCGUGUUCAGACAGAACAAUCAGAUGCUGGAUAUUAGCAUUCAUGUAUAAAAGGAACUCAGGUGGAUAACUA